CGAUAAAGAUCAUUGAUAAAACGCAGCUGGACGACGAGAACCUCAAGAAGAUUUUCCGAGAAGUGCAGAUCAUGAAGAUGCUCUGCCACCCGCACAUCAUCAGGCUGUACCAGGUUAUGGAGACGGAGAGGAUGAUUUAUCUCGUGACAGAGUACGCCAGCGGAGGGGAAAUAUUUGACCACCUGGUGGCCCACGGGCGCAUGGCCGAGAAGGAAGCUCGCCGAAAGUUCAAGCAGAUAGUGGCUGCUGUCAACUUCUGCCACUGCCGGAACAUCGUCCACAGGGAUCUGAAGGCAGAAAAUCUCCUCCUCGAUGCUAACCUUAACAUCAAAAUAGCAGAUUUUGGCUUCAGUAACAUCUUCACGCCCGGGCAGCUGCUGAAAACGUGGUGUGGGAGCCCUCCCUACGCGGCCCCCGAGCUCUUUGAGGGCAAGGAGUACGACGGUCCCAAGGUUGACAUUUGGAGCCUCGGCGUGGUGCUCUACGUGCUGGUGUGCGGCGCCCUGCCCUUCGACGGGAGCACGCUGCAGAACCUGCGCGCGCGGGUGCUCAGCGGCAAGUUCCGCAUUCCCUUCUUCAUGUCCACAGAAUGUGAGCACUUGAUCCGUCACAUGCUGGUCCUGGACCCUAGCAAGCGGCUCUCCAUGGAGCAGAUCUGCAAACACAAGUGGAUGAAGCUCGGCGAGCCUGACGCCGACUUUGAGCGGCUCAUAGCCGAGUGCCAGCACCUGAAGACUGAGAGGCAGAUGGAGCCACUGAACCAGGAUGUGCUGCUGGCCAUGGCCGAUAUGGGGCUGGACAAGGAGCGCACGGUGCAGUCCUUACGAGCCGACGCUUACGAUCACUACAGUGCAAUAUACAGCUUGCUCUGCGACCGUCUCAAGAGGCACAAGAACCUGCGCAUUGCAGCGUCCCCGAGCAUGCCGCGGACACUGGCCUUCCCCACCUCAGCCAACAUGCAGCAGCCAGAACAGGCAGGCAACCCCUUGAACAUCAAUGUGCCCCAAGUGCAGCUCAUCAACCCGGAAAAUCAAAUAGUGGAGACUGAUGGAACGAUGAACUUGGACAGUGACGAAGGGGAAGAGCCCUCGCCCGAAGCUCUUGUCCGCUACCUCUCCAUGAGAAGGCACACAGUUGGAGUAGCUGACCCGCGGACGGAAGUCAUGGAGGAUCUGCAGAAGCUGCUGCCGGGCUUCCCGCGCGUCGCGCCCCAGGCGCCCUUCCUGCAGGUGACCCCCAACGUCAACUUCAUGCACAGCGUGCUGCCACGGCAGAACCUGCAGCCCACGGGGCAGCUGGAGUACAAGGAGCAGUCCCUGCUGCAGCCCCCCACGCUGCAGCUGCUGAAUGGCAUGGGCCCUCUGGGACGCCGGGCAUCGGACGGCGGCGCCAACAUCCAGCUGCACGCGCAGCAGCUGCUGAAGCGGCCCCGGGGCCCCUCUCCGCUCGUGACGAUGACGCCGGCUGUCCCUGCGGUCACUCCUGUGGACGAGGAGAGCUCCGACGGGGAGCCAGACCAGGAAGCUGUGCAGAGAUACUUGGCAAAUAGGUCAAAAAGACACACUCUGGCAAUGACCAACCCUACAGCUGAAAUCCCUCCAGACUUGCAGAGGCAGCUAGGACAGCAGUCCUUCCGACCCCGGGCCUGGGCUCCGCACCUGGCACCCGAUCAGCACCGCUCUGUUUACAAGGACUCAAAUACCCUGCACCUCCCCACCGAGCGCUUCUCCCCGGUUCGCCGCUUUUCUGAUGGUGCUGCCAGCAUCCAGGCUUUCAAAGCCCACCUGGAGAAGAUGGGCAAUAACAGUAGCAUCAAACAGCUUCAACAGGAGUGCGAGCAGCUGCAGAAGAUGUACGGUGGGCACAUGGACGAGAGGACGCUGGAGAAGACGCAGCAGCAGCACAUGUUGUACCAGCAAGAGCAGCACCAUCAGAUUCUGCAUCAGCAGAUGCAGGACUGUAUCCGGCCGCCUCAGCCAUCUCCACCUUUGCAAGCCCCGUGUGAAAACCAGCCCGCUCUGCUCACUCACCAGCUUCAGAGGUUGCGGAUCCAGCCGUCCAGCCCGCCGCCGAGCCACCCGAGUAACCACCUCUUCAGGCAGCCGAGCAGCAGCCCGCCGCCCGGCAGCAGCGGCGUGCUGCAGCCGCACGGUGCAGCCUCGCAGGCCCCGUUCCAAGGGAUGCCGUCCCACAGCGCGCUCUUCCCGCAGUCUGGUAACUGUUCCCCUCCGCCCGCCAUGGGGCUGCCGUGCCUGGGCCUGCAGCAGCAACCGCAGCCUCAGCAGGUCACCAUCCAGGUGCAGGAGCCCGGCGACAUGGUCAGCAGCAGCCUGCUGCCCGGGGCGCCCGUGGCGGGGCAGGGCAUGGCCCCCCACUCGCGGGGCAUGGCGGUGAGCCCCGGCGCCAGCCAGAUGCAGAUGCAGCAGCGCGCCAGCCUCAUGGCCUCCCUCACGUACAGCCACAGGCAGCUGUCCAAGCAGCUCAGCGCUGACAGCGCCGAGUCGCACAGCCUCGGUGUGAACAGGUAUCCCCCCACUAACUACGACCAGGUGCACUUACAUCCCCACCUGUUCCCGGAGCAGCCCCGCGCUUCCCCGAGCGGCUACAGCCCGGCGGCCGCCGCCGCCUUUCCCGCGGCGCAGCAGGGCCUCAAGGUGCCGCAGCUGGAGCAGUUCCCCGCGUUCCCUCCGACCGCGCAGCCGCCGCAGCCRCCGCCGCCGCCGCCGCAGCAGCACUACACCGCGUCGGCCCUGCAGCAAGCCCUGCUGUCCCCGACGCCUCCCGACUACAGCCGACACCAGCAGGUACCGCACAUCCUCCAGGGACUGCUUUCGCCCCGGCACUCGCUCACCGGGCACACGGACAUGCGGCUGCCCCAGGCAGAAUUUGCACAGCUCAUCAAGCGGCGCCAGCAGCAGCAGCAGCAGCAGCAGCAGCCGGAAUUCCAAGAGCUGUUCAGGCACAUGAGUCAAGGGGAUGCUGGGAACAUGGGCGCCAGCUUGGGACAGAGCCUCUCGGAGCGCCAGUCGUUGCCUUUGCCUUACCCGGGCGCUGACACGUACCAUCCCCAAGGCAGCCCCCAGCACCUCCUCAAAAUCAGGGCGCACGAAUGUAUGCAGCAGGUAGCCGCGCCAGCGCCGCCGCACGGCUACGGACACCAGCCCGCCCUGUUCCACUCGGAGAGCAUGGAGGAGGAGGACUGUGCGUGCGARGGCGCCAGGGACAGCUUUGCAGACAGUAAGAAUCCCAACACUUUGACCAAAGGUUGCCACGAAGGCGCCGUGCUCGUGGGCGCAGCAGGGCCCGGGGACGCAGACUGUGUGCUGGGGGGCGCCGGGCGYGCGCAGGAGCUGGCGCCGCAGCAGUACCGGCAGCAGCCCGCGGCCGCCUUCGCCCGCGCCAGGGCGCCCAGCAGAGAGUCCGUCGUAGGGAGCUGCUUGGACAGGAGCUCUCCCRGACAAGCGAUGCAGGUGCCCGACCACAACGGCUUGGGCUACGCGGCGCGCCCCGCGGCCGGCGAGCACCCGCGGCCCAGGACCCUGCAGAGACAUCACACCAUCCAGAACAGUGAUGAUGCCUACGUGCAGCUGGACACCUUGCCCGGGAUGAGCCUCAUGGCGGGGAAGGCGCUCAGCUCCGCUCGCAUGUCAGACGCCGUGCUCAGCCAGGCGUCGCUCAUGGCCAGCCAGCAGCUGCGCGACCGGGACGGCGACGAGUGCGGGGACGCUUUGGAAGGCCAGGAGCACCUGGGCGACGGCAGCCAGCACCUGGGCACCUCAUGCUACCCGGCGACGUGUCUCACGGACGUGCUGCUGAGCUACAAGCACCCGGAGGUGCCCUUCGGGAUGGAGCAGGCCGGCGUGUAGCGAGGAGGGGUGAGUGGUUUUCUGUACAGCUUUGAAGCGAAAAGGUCCAUUUUAAACCAACAGUAUCUAGCAGCAUUGCGCCAAAUUGCCGUAGUAUUUCUGACUAACUGGAAUACCAUGGCCCCUUUCCUCAUAAUCAGUUCAUGCAGUGUGCUGUUCCCUUGGGUUCUUUACUUUUUGCCAUAUCUGCCUGUAAGUCGAGCUGUCGCAGACACCACCCGAGCAGC